CGCCUUCCGCCGGAAGCAGUUUGCGUGUGGACCGGGACCGGGAGCGGGGGUUUGACUCCAGAGCACCUUUUCCGCGCGGCUACAAUCCUACUCCGCCGGGACCGGCAUGUCCGAGGAAAGGUUUACAGCCGCGUCCAAAAGGAGCUCUGGAUGCACCAGUUUGGAUCAAGUGAUUGCUGCACGUCCUGGGAAGACUCCUAUCAGCCAACUGCAGGAAUAUUGCACAAAGAGUGGUCAAUCCCUCCAAUAUGAACUUGUGAAAUCUGAGGGUCAAUCUCAUCUGCCGAAUUUUAUCUUCAGAGCAACAGUGGGAGAAGUGAGCUGCACAGGCCAAGGUCAAAGCAAGAAGGCUGCAAAACACAAAGCAGCAGCAGCUGUACUCAAUAUUCUGAAUGGAGGAACUCUGGAAGACCCUGAAUGCGAUGGAAUAAGCCAAUCUUUGCCAAAAUCUGAACCCAUUACCUCAAAGCAGCCACACAAUCCUCCCAACCCUAUUGGUACACUUCAGGAAUUGGUUGUGCGUAAAGGAUGGAGACUUCCAGAUUACACUGUUGCUGAAGAAUCCGGUCCUGCUCACAAAAAAGAAUUUACAAUGAUUUGCACAGUAGAAAAAUUUGUUGAAACAGGUUGUGGUACUUCAAAAAAAUUGGCAAAACGCAAUGCUGCAGAAAAGAUGAUUGCCAAACUACAGAGUUUUCCUGCAGGCUGGAAACAGGAAGACGAAUACAAUAAUGAUGAUGUUUCAUUGGUAAGAGUACGUUCAAAACAGAUACCUGGAGAUGAAUGGAAUGGUCCAAGGGGAAAGAUACCAGUAAUCAGCUGCGACCUGCUAAGGAAUUCAUCUGGAGAAAAAAUUAACCAACUGAAAAGGAGUCCACUCAGCAUUCCCAACACUGAUUACACUCAGAUGUUGGGAGAAGUGAUGGAUGAGCAAGGAUUUGAUAUCUCUUACCUGGAUAUAGAUGAGCUGACUGUGAAUGGGCAGUAUCAAUGUUUGGCUGAACUCUCAACUCGGCCAGUUACUGUAUGCCAUGGAACGGGAAUUUCUCGUGGUAACGCUCACAAUGAUGCUGCCCACAAUGCACUGCAGUAUUUGAAGAUUAUUGCUGGAAGAAAUUAAACAGGUUCAAGUUUCACCCAGGUGGCACUAUUAAAAAAAAAAAUAUUUUUUUAAA